GGGCCUUCCUGCCUUGAGACUGUAGGGCUGCCCGGAUGUGGGGCUGCCCGCUUUUAGAAAGGAAGAAGAUGGAAAGUAAUGCAGUUAUUUUGGAAUCGAAAUCUUCACCCAUCAACCUUCUGAAUGAAAUGCACCAGCUGCGUCUCCUCGGCCACCUUUGUGAUGUGACUGUGAGUGUGGAAUACCAAGGUGUCAGGGCGGAGUUCGUUGCUCACAAAGCUGUGCUGGCAGCAACAAGCAAGUUUUUUAAAGAGGUGUUUCUUAAUGAAAAGAGCAUGGAUGGACCAAGGACAAACAUAUUGUUGAACGAAGUUCAGGUAGCUGACUUUGCGUCUUUUCUGGAGUUUGUCUAUACUGCCAGGGUAGAGGUAGAAGAAGAUCGGGUGCAGCGUAUGCUGGAAAUAGCUGAGAAGCUCAAGUGCUUGGAUUUGUCAGAAACCUGCUUUCAGCUAAAGAAGCAGAUGCUUGAAUCGGUGUUGUUGGAAUUGCAGAAUUUUUCUGAGUCGCAGGAUGCGGAAGAGGACAGUGGGGCCCAGCCAAGCAGUUUACUUGAGCCCAAGGCAAUUGCUGAAACACAAGCCGACAAUAUGAACUAUUUUGCAAAUUCUCCCCUCGAAAGGCCCAGAGGUGGAGAUGGUCUUGAAGCUCCCACUGCUAAAUUAAAGGAGAAGUUAGACAAGAAGAAAGAAGCCCUGAAGACACCCUGUGCCAAAAUCCGGAGGGCCAGCGGAAGACUGGCUGGUCGGAAAGUCUUUGUGGAAAUACCCAAGAAAAAGUACACAAGACGCCUGCGGGAACAACAAAAGUAUGCUGAGGCUGUUGCGGAAGAGAGCAGGCUCUACAAAGACCCCGGCAUGCCUGAGGAAGGCGGGGAGGAGGAGGACGAGGAGAAAGAGCAAGUGGAGAACAGUGUGAAGCCUGAACACAAAGGGUGUGAUGGCGCCACUGAACUGGAAGAAAACUUGAAUAAAUUGGAGGAGGAUAAAAAGAACCGUGGUGGCAACUUCACAUGCAGCACUUGUGAACGGGAAUUUCUGUAUGAGAAGAGCUUUCUGAAGCACAUAAAGCAUAGCCACGGGAUUGCAGCCGAAAUUAUUUACCGUUGUGAAACCUGCGCCCAGACUUUUGCCAACCGGUGCAACCUCAAAAGCCACCAACGCCACGUCCACAGCAGCGAGCGCCACUUCCCGUGUGAGCUCUGUGGUAAGAAGUUCAAGAGGAAGAAGGACGUCAAGCGGCACAUUCUGCAGGUUCAUGAGGGUGGUGGGGAACGUCAUCACUGCCUACAAUGUGGAAAGGGUUUGAGCUCCAAAACGGCCUUGAGGCUUCAUGAAAGGACACACACAGGCGACAAGCCUUAUGGGUGCACAGAGUGUGAGGCUAAGUUUUCUCAGCCUUCGGCACUUAAAACACACAUGAGAAUCCACACUGGUGAAAAGCCUUUUGUUUGUAAUGAUUGUGGAGCAAAAUUCACACAGAAUCACAUGCUUAUCUAUCAUAAAAGGUGCCACACAGGGGAACGGCCUUUCAUGUGUGAAACGUGUGGGAAGAGCUUUGCCUCUAAGGAGUAUCUGAAACAUCAUAAUCGCAUCCAUACUGGGUCCAAGCCAUUUAAAUGUGAAGUUUGCUUCCGAACAUUUGCACAGAGGAAUUCCCUGUAUCAGCAUAUAAAAGUUCAUACAGGUGAGCGUCCUUACUGUUGUGAUCAGUGUGGCAAACAGUUCACCCAGCUCAAUGCCCUGCAGCGUCACCAUCGGAUUCAUACAGGAGAGAAACCGUUCAUGUGCAAUGCUUGUGGUCGGACAUUUACGGACAAAUCUACUCUUCGGCGACACACAUCGAUUCAUGAUAAAAACACACCCUGGAAGUCGUUCCUUGUAGUUGUUGAAGGAGCCUCUAAGAAUGAUGAGGAUCAUAAGAUAGAACUUCCUGAUGAAGAAUAUGACGUGGCUCGUUCCAAAAUAUCAGAGAAGCUGCUAUCAUUUUCUGAAAACGGACACUAUCAAAGUCUGGCUCCUGUCCAGGGAAGUGUGACUGCUCUGCAUGAAAAUGGAUCCCCCUCAGUAACAGACUGCAAAACAGGGGGCACAGCAGGGUCUCAAGAAGUCCCCAUAGCUACAACUUUGCAUGAUGUCACAGUGUUGCACACCCAGACAGACUUGCUUCAGCCUCCCCUUCACACCUUAGUGAAUAUGGAAUAGCACCGUUAGCUAUGAAGACAAUUCCAUCCCAACAAUAAUCUGUUGAAUAUUAUAGACUCUGCAAGAACCCAUGGACUGCAAAAGAAUAAUGAAGGCCUAUAGUGUGUGUUUUUAGUGUCCUCUGUUUCCUGCAAAGCCACGAUUUUGUUGUUUUUUUGACUGAAGAAUUCUUGAAGAGUAAACUACACUUUUUCAUUUUUUUGUCUGUGUGAUUUAAAGUGGGUUUGAGAUUACAUAGUCAGUUUAAGAAAAGUGAAGAUCCACCACUGUUUUAAUCCAAAUUUCUCUCUUCUUUUCCCUUGGCAUAAUGAAUUAUUUGGCUAUAGAUAUUUUUAAUGGCCCCUUUUGAAAGGACAGUAAUUCCGCUUUUCUUUCCUUUUUUUAAACUCUUAACAUCGAAUUGCAUAUUAUAUGCAAAUUAAUAUGAAAUAUUAUAGCAUGCUCUCCCUGGGCCCAGCACCUAAUGUAAUUUUAAUGUAGGGUUGUUGCUUAAACAAAAAAGUGAGGAAAAAGAAAGCCUCUUAUUAAACAGAUAAUAGGAAAUGUCUUUCACUGCUUUUCUGAACAGUGAAACAGUUACUUUGGGAAAUGUUUGUAAAGCCAGGAGUUGAAUCUAAUUGUAUGUAUUCACCAGAGGAACAGAUUCCCCCUUCAGCCCCCCUCACUGCCCAAAUCUGCUGUGGGUUGAGGGACCAUCUGGAACAGUUUUCAAAGGGGCUGCAGGGGGAGGAGAGAAAGGGAAAGUCCUGUUGCAUUAGCAGGAGACCCCCUCAUGAGACAUUGGAUAUCGCCCCAAGUUUCUUAAAGUGAUGGAGCUGCAUUGGAACUCAUGCGAUCAAUCUACACUCCCAUCAGAUUGGAGUGUUCUAAGCAAUUUGGACUAGAUUUCAGAGUCCUGUUACUCAAUUCUAGUCAGAAUUUGUGGAGAAAUUUCACAGCCUUUUUUCUGUAGCGGAACCUUCCUUCUAAAUACUGGCACUCAGCAAGCCUGCUCAGCCCUUGUCUUCUCCUACAUUUUUGCCCGCAUAUUUUGUCUGAAGUUCCCCAUAUCCACAUGCACAUCUUCAGCCUCCAUCAUAGGUAUUCCCUCUCCUCCAUACAUUCCUUACAAAGAGUCUUUAUUCACCAAGUAUUGCACUUCUAAAUGGUUCAUUCCUCGAAGGGCCUUAAUGUUCUUCCCAACCUCUACUGCUCCCAAUGCCCCACUUAUGGUUGUUGUGUAUUUGGCCGUCGGACAGAGCCUUCUAUAACUUUAUGAAUUUCCUUGGUGGCAGCAUAUUCCUAGAAUAGAUUGCUCCAAAAUACUGGAUAUGGUUUUCUCAAGUAAGACUGCACAUCGUGCAGUAAGUAAUGGCAAUUCUCCCCCUUCUCUCACCACCCCACCUGAUGAGUUUUAUUAACAUUUUGUGUGAGAGCUGAUGAAAUAUUCUUAAUUCUGGCUUCAGGCAAUGGCCUGAAAUUAUCUGGGUAAAUACUCUUAUUGUUUUGUAUCUGCUAAUGUUUAUACCAAAGGCUACACAAUCUGUUGGAGGAUUCAAGUUACAGCCAGAACUGACAUUCUCUAAGUAUUUGCCUGAUGUUCAUUUGAGAGGUAGACUUGUUUAGGUCUCCAACCUAAACUUUUAAAGGUUUUACAAAAUGUGUGCAUGAAAUGUUCAUUCAGUGAAGCUUUAUCGCUGAGAGCUGGAAAACAAGACCAUGUAGUAUAACCUGCCAAAAUUUGAGGAACUACAAGUUGCUUUUAAAAUGUGUUGCUUUUCUCCUCAUGGAGGUGAAGGCUUAUUUCUGCUAGAAAUGCAUCAAUAUUGUGCCUUUUUAUUUUUAGAUUCAGGAAAAAAAAAGUGCCAAAUUAAAAAUGUUUUUAAGUCCGACUUUUAUUGACUUCCAACAGUACUUGAAUUUACUAGUAUAACUGUUGAGAGUGAUCCUUACAUUUGACUAUAUAACCCAUGCCCACUAAGGCACUGGCACCUCUCAAAAUGAAGUAUUGCUCAUAAAGAGCUCACAGGAUCUGGUUUCAGCCUCACUUCCUCUCAAGAAAGAGAUGCAUCUGUUCAAGUUCAGUGUGUUUUAGUUUAGAAAGUGUUGUUGUAGGACAGAGUUUUACCAAACGUAAUGGAGAAUGUUAAAUGCUACCUUUCGAAUGCAACUAUACUGCUUAAGUAUACUGCUUUAAGUGACUCCUUUCUGUCUUUUGCCAUACUGAGAAGCUACUAUAUAACACUGCUUUUUCUUUAAUGCUGUGAUUUCAUUGGGUUGUAUCCGGUGGUGUGUACCCGCCAACAGAAUGGACAUGGCUGACGGAAUAGGUCCUCCCCCCACUUGAAGUUCCCCACUCGCCCCCCAGAUCUGCUCCAAAGAGUUGGGAGACUCUCCAGAGCAGACUUGGGGAAGCACGGUGGGGAGGAGACCAAGAAGUUCCAGUGUGUAAGCAGGCAUCUGCUCACAUGGUGUUGGAUGCCAUCCACUUUUUAAAUGCAUGUGUUUUGAUGCCUUGUUCCUUUGAAGACAAGGUUGCAGUGACUAAGCAGGAGUUUAACGGAGCUUUUAAUGCCAUGGUGGGGUGUCUUUUCCUGCUCAGGUUAAUGUGUACAAUUGGCCCUGCACCCAUUCAUGGCAACAGCAUAUGAAAACUUUCAUGGGGUGGAUGAGACAGAGAAGGAGAGUAGUGAACUUUGCUGGAUGUUUUGGCAAAGUUAUGCUCUGGGUUAAUAAAACCAGGCCUGGCCUUCUCUAAAGCUCUCUUCCUCCCUUUGUUAUAUUAAAUUCAAAAUCACCUGUGUCUGGGGGGAGAGGGGAGAAAUCUAGGGCAAUUUUGACUCAGCACAGCGUUUACCUUAAGAUACUGUCCUGAUAUUUUAUUUACGGAAAGGCAAAGCAAUAACAGAUCAGUCCAACUAUGUAUCAGUUUUUUUGGUAAGCCCCUUAGUAAGAGCUUGUUACUAUAUUCCUUGUUUGUUUAAUCCACUAAAAGGGAUCUUUUUAGAAAUACUACCAAGAGGUUAUAUUUACAUAUUUAUUUUGUAAGCCAUGUGCUUCUUUUUGACUAUUGAAUUUUAAUGACCUAUUGCAAAAAAAAACCAGUAGUAAAUAUUUAAAUCCUUAUGUUCGUACCUAUAGGUAAGGAUUUUUAUUUUAUUUUGUAUUCUAUGAAGAUGUGAAGUGGGUUAACUUGUAUGAAUUGAUAAGCCCCAUUAAAAAAAACGUUAAUAGUUCCUUCUUGUUAUAAGUGACUUGCUUGGAGAAAACAAUGUUUACGUGAAAACAUCACACUUCUUAGAAGAUACUUCUACCGUGUUCCAGACGAGUGAAAAAUGUGUGUGUAGGAGAGAGUGAAUGGGACUGUUGGAAUGACUUGCCAGCCGA